UCUUCCCAUCAAAAGCCGCGAAGAUGUCCUCCAAGGAGUCCUCCACCCCCUCCAAGAACUCCUCCGCCAUGGAUCAAUUCCCCGAAGCCAAAUCCAAGACGAAGAAGACGAAGCGGCAGCAGCCCAAAGUCCCCAAACGCUCCUCCUCCGUUCCCACCACCGCCCAAGAACACGCCGCUGUCGGUGCUGUGCCAUCCAAUCACCGCCGGAAAAAGCGAAAGACCACCGACCCUCCAUCCCUCGCCGCUGCAGAAGCCACAAGCUCUUGCUCCGGCCAACAGUUGAGAAUUUGGACGGACGCCGACGAGGCCGCCCUCCUGAGGGCUGCCAUCCUCUUCCGCGACGAGAGGGGCUCCCUUCCGAGACCGAGCAAUAUCCUCGACUUGUUCAACUUUGUCCAGCCAUCUCUUGUCGCCAAAAGCCUGAAUCCACAGCAAGUCUGCAGCAAGCUUAAGCGCCUGCGUCGCAAGUACCUCGACAAUCUCCGUGGCCCGGCCGCCUCCGCUGGUGCCCAUGACCGCCUCGUCCACGAGCUCGCGGCCCAGCUUUGGUCCUCCCACCUGGAGACUUCCACCGAGGAGACAAUUGGUGAGGCUGUCGAGCAGCAAGAUGGAGAGGGCACUGCUGCGGCGGCGGCGGAGGAGGAUGGCGGCGCCGGCCACUACUAUCCAUUUAUCUGGGAGGCGCUCGCGGACUACUGGAGAGAAGAUGGGUAUUUGAAUGCCACGCUCAAUGAGGCACUGAAGCGAGGCGAUCCUUGGAAAGCAAAGAAGCUGGACGUUAAAUGGAAGCAGCAGCUUGAAAGGGAGAACCGUUUGUCGGUCAAACACCAACAUGAACUUGGUAGAAUAUUUCAGAUGCUAGCGUAAUUUUGAGAUUCUGCUGCUGGUAGUUAAGAUCACCAUGUUCUGGUACAACAGUGUCUGUGAAAGUUCUAGGAAAGAUGUAUCUGUUUCGUGUGUCUUGUAGGUCGUAUGACCUUCUGCAUGGAA